CAAGGUUCGACUCAACAGUUCCCCAACGUCAUCGGUCGCCGACAGUUCGCAAUCGUUAUCGCGCGCGCGUUUCCCAGUCUUGAUCGGAUUUUUUUUGUUGCAGAAAAGCUGGUGUCCCCCACCCCGUCUCACCGGGGCAUCGAUUCGGAUUUUGGAUUCUGCACCACACUCUAUGGUGGGUGGUUUUGUGAAGGUGGUGGUGCGGGUGGUUUUAGUGUUGGUCGCACGCAAUACAGGAUAGUGGAAAGGGUGGAAACGGUUAAACAACCACCUUCUCCUCCCCAAAACCAACCAAAAGCUGGACGACACUUUAGCAGUGUUCAGAUCCGCGUACAACGCAUUUUGGAUUUAGUGCAACCAAUAACGGGUGAUUGAAGAUCUAUGCGUGGAUGCUGGUGAGUGAAUAUCGUCGUCGUCGUCGUCGUUGCUGCUGGAUUCGCAGCGCAGCUGAGUGAAAUGUUCGUGGUGGGUGGUGAAAAUUCAACCACCUUCCGCUGCUGGCGCUGGGAGCCUUGAGCAUGGAUAGCAUGGAUAAGCAAGAAGAACCGCAAUAGUUAAGAAGAAGCCGAAGAGUGCGAGGUUCAGCAACCAGUCAGCCAGCGGUCGAUUGUUUUUGGUUCGGGUGAAAGUUGAAUAGUUGUGCGCUCCUUGUGGAAGAAUCCUGUCACUUUGACGAAAGGCGAAUAGUGUGUAGUGAACCUGAAGGGAAAGUGUUGUGGUUAACAAGCAGCGAGUACCCGUCUCGCUUUGGCACGUGCCAGCCAGCCAGCCAGAUAGUGUGUGGGUUGUGAUUGCGGGCAUCCGCAAGAAGCGACUAGAAAGGUUCCCACUUCUUGGGUUACCCCCGAAAACCGGGAGUAGAAGGAGGAUUUGGUUGGUUUCUCCGGGCGCAGCAGUGGGUGGUGGUAGGUGAACGAGAGCAGAAGUUCCUCAAGUGUUUGCGUGCGUUUGUUGUGUGCAAGUGUGUGCGGGAGUCAGUUGUUUGGCGUAUCGACGGACGGAGAACCGGGAUUCUUACUGUGAGGAUACGCGGCAGGAGAAACUAGUUUCCGUGCUCCGGAGAUAGUGGAGAUUCGCUGGAUUGCAUACAUGCGUGGAUAAUUAUGCUGAAAUGAUGAUAUUGGUGGCAUGCUGAAAGGGAUUGUGACCAAGGAGGAUGGAAUUAAUGCGAUUCAUGUCCUUUGAAUAAGGAUUUGCGAAGUUAAUCCCGAUAAACUGCUGAUUUGCUACUGCAGAGUGCACAUCUUGGAAUCCAAUAAGACGCAUCACCAGCCCGGAUCACACCUCACAGUCUCAUUCUGUGAGCGAACGAAAGCACCAGAUUUCCGGCUCGGAGAAAGCAUAAUCUUCCUGUUGCUCAACUAAUCGUAGGUACACUGCCGCGUCACAUCGGGCACAGUUAGCUAGAGGAUACAAGCUCACGUUUAUCUUCCGGCGUAGCUUCUUCCACUACUGCUGAAGGGAUUUAUCGUCGGAUGGUGAAAUUGUGACUGAAUCGAAUCCAGUGGAGCUACCCAAAAGUGAAGUGAAACGGGAAUAUUCUGGUGGCAUACGCAGCAAAAAGUUCAACCGAGUCUUAAAGAGGUUAAAGUGGAAAUCGAUUCCAGUGUACAAGUGGGUGAAGUAGUGGGCUCGGUCGGAAGAGUGUGAUAGUGCAACUGCAAAAGUGCAUUACGUCGUCGGUUUGCUGUGGGGAAUAUGUGCAGUUGUCGAUGUCAGUAGGUUUCUGAGUAGCAGCGGGGAGUUCAAGUCAAGUGCGAAAAUUAUGUUCUAAGGUCGUUGAAAGAAACUGAGGUAGAUAGUGGAAAAGCAUGUGCAAGUGAGUUUGGGUUCGUACGUGAUCGUCGUCCUUCCUCGAAAAGUAAAACGCAAAGGAAUCCCAGGUGGAGUUUUGUAACCGAAAGAAAGAAAUAGUGGUACAGCAAAAAAAGGUGAAAUAUGAUUUUGCCGUGAGUUUCCAAGAGGCAAAAAGGCAAGUGGCUGAAAAUAGUGGAGAGCUCAUAAUCGGCUAAAAGUUGACAUCACACACACCAACACACCGACACCAGCGUCCAAAGCGAGUUAUGUUUCUGCUCUAAAGUGCAAGAUUGCUACUGGCACCAAGAUACCAGGAAAAAAAAUGUCAAGUGUUUCUUAUGCAAGGGAAUUAUCAUAGAUGCAACUUGAAACAAGAAAAAAGUGCGAAACAAAGUGCUAAGUGAGAGAAGCCUCCAGGGAGGGGUGCAAGUGGGAAAUUUCUGCACAAAAUAUUCAAGUUCGCUGCACACAAAAAAAUAUACGGAGAAACCCGAUAUGGAGUAGAUUGUCGUGACAAGAAGAUUUACCGGAUCAAAUAACUCCCGACCGAAGCCAGCAGCAGAUCUUCGAGCAAAAAGGAUUAGAAUCCAGUGCGGAAGGUCUUACAGUUGAUACGAAGAAAGCUUUUAUUGGAUUUUAUCCCCCUCGGAUCCGGCUUGUGCGUCUUAUUCACUGGACAAGGGAUUUCGACGAUGCUCAACUAGUUAAAACCAAUUCCCCAAGGAAAUCCCUUUCGCCGGCACGUUCCAACCAACGAAAAUGCAACUGAAUGGCACGGUAACAAUGGCAGCCUCAUCAGAACCACCCGAGCCUCCGCCUCGUAAUCCGGACAAGAUUAAUGCAUCACUCAAGCAGCUAGCCGAAUCGAAAACCCGUUCGUUGGAUACAACCGAUAAGACAACGGCUCCGGCCACCGGUGCCCGACCGUUCCGGCCUAUCCUGUCGCUGGACAAUGCAAAGCCAUUAACGAAACCAUUCGAAUCAUCUGGAACACCCACGUCGGCACCAGCCUCGUCGUUUGCCAACAGUAACAUCGUCAGCAGCAGCAGCAACAACAAUGGCAGCAGUCACAACAGCAGCAUGGAAUCGAAUUCGACCAGCACAACCGGGGGUCCCAACUCGGGAUCCGGAAGCAGCAUCAGCAGCGGUGGUGGUGCUGGUGGCGGUCCAGGUAGUGACAAUGGUCCGGCCGGUGCCGCUGAGCUAGUACGAGGUGGUUCGUCCGGUAGUGGAGCAAGCCCGCCGGGGUCGGCGGGUGAUGCGAGCAGUGGAGGCAUAGCUGGUCAAAUUGCAAACAAAUUGAACUCCGGUCAACAGCAGCAGAUAUCGCCGACGCAGAGCGAGAAGAGCAGUACCGGCGGGAGCAAAGAGCAGUCCGGUGAUAAUUCGGGUGGCGAUAACCUGUUCAAGAAUGGUGUGACAGAUCUAGAAUCUCCCCAAACAACCAAAAUUCGAAUGGAAAACGAACGCCUGACGGCGGAAAUCACCCGGCUGAAAAAGCUCCUGGAAAACUCCCCGGAUGGUGCCGUCGGUGGAAUCGAUCUGCUGUCCGACAACAACAGUUUCGACGCACAAUCAACCGACGACAGCGGUGGGCGGGUCGAGAAGCUCGAAAACGAACUUCGGAUAUCGAAGGAGCUGAUUCAGAGUCUCAAAUUGGAACGCAAGAAGCUCCGAUCGGACAAGAGUGAUCUGCUGAUUCAGGUGAAGCAAUUGUGCGCCUCACUGCAAGACAAGGAACAAGAACUGAGAAAUUUUAUCCGUAACUUUGAACAACGAAUACGGGAAACGGAGAAUAACAGCGCCAAGCAGAAUACAGAGCGGGAACGUGAGCGGUGGUCCCUGUUGAAGCACGCUCGAGACGAGGCCGAGCGAUCCAUUGCGCUAGCUGCGCAGCUGAAUGCCAGGGAUAUCCAGCUGCAGCGAACCCAGGAACAGUUACAGGAAGCUAGACGACAACUAUCCGGUUGUAUGUCGGACCAGGAGAGCCUGGUUUCGGCAGCUCCCUUGACUCCUCCCUCCGGGUUGAUGACCCACACUCAGACGACAACCGGAGGGUACUCCAAUAUUAGCGGUACUCCCGGUGAUCGAGGUUCGUGUAGUGCUGAUUCCGGGGUUAGAGGUAGUAGCGAUCGGGAAAGCGCAGCUGGUGAUCUCAAUCUCAGCGAUGGGCCCUGUGAAAACGGUCCUUGUAUACAGGUGGACUCGGAUAGCGUAUCGUUAGUGUCUAGUCAUCAUAAUAUGUAUCAAUAUGGAACCCCUAAGGAACGGAGUCCAACACUAUCUCCGCUGAACGCCGGAGCCUACUCAAGAUCUGUCGAUAAUACUGCACUCUCAAACUCAUUCCGUUCCGUGGAACAGCUGGGUUCCCCGGUGGAGAACGAGAACCAAACCUUUUCCAGAAGACUGCAACAACAGCAACAGCAAGCGCAAUCUCAAUCAAGCAAGACUGGUGGUGGUGCUUCCUCAUCAUCCGGCGGCGGGAUGGGCCUAACGGGUCGAAGUGGUCGCGGUGGCACCUGGGGUAGUAUAUCGAGGGUGUUUGCCCGUAAUCGGAAUCGCAACAAGAGCAACCCGGUGGUCGAAGCGGAAGCCACCGACUUCCAGUGGAGUCCGUUGACCGAGGAAGGGUACGCGGAGAAGUUGCGGCUGCUGCGGGAGGCUUCGUCGAUGCCCAUGGAACGCUGGAGGGCGUCGCAAGUGCUGGCCUGGUUGGAGGUAGCGCUGGGGAUGCCUCAGUACAGUGCACGAUGCGCGGAGAACGUUAAAAGCGGUAAGGUUUUGCUAGAGCUGAGUGACGCCGAAUUGGAAAGUGGGCUGGGUACAAGUCAUCCGAUGCACCGGAAGAAACUGCGGCUGGCGAUUGAGGAGCAGCGUAGACCGGAACUUGUACGAUAUCCGACAAUCGGGCAGUUGGGACACACGUGGGUGGCUUCUGAGUGGCUUCCAGAUAUCGGUCUUCCGCAGUAUGGUGAAUCGUUCAUGCACUCUCUUGUGGACGCUCGCAUGUUAGAUACACUGUCCAAGAAAGAGCUGGAAAAGUAUCUAGGGGUUACCAGGAAAUUUCAUCAGGCCAGCAUAGUUCAUGGUAUUCAUGUUCUUCGGAUCAUGAAGUACGAUCGGCAAGCCUUGGCCAUGAGACGGUUACAGUCCGAAAACGUAGACACCGAUCCGAUUGUGUGGACCAAUCAGCGAUUCAUUCGCUGGGCUCGUUCGAUAGAUCUCGGAGAAUAUGCUGACAACUUGAAAGACAGCGGAGUUCACGGCGGAUUGGUCGUACUGGAACCUUCCUUCUCCGGUGACACCAUGGCAACUGCACUCGGAAUUCCACCAUCGAAGAACAUCAUCCGGCGUCAUCUGGCUACCGAGUUUGAAACCCUCAUCCUCCCAGCAAGGUACGUGAUAUUCUGCCAGAUGGAGGAAUAUCAAAUGGACAGCAGCUCCCGAGCAUCUUCCACCAUGCACAAAAGUUCGAUUAGAUAAGCUAUCAAUUGAGACAGUGGAGAAAAGUAGCAAAGUUUUUUUUAAGAAUUAGGAAAUGAAUUAGUCCUCAUCAUUAAUAUUCGCAAAACGAAAAGGAAAAGCCAAUCGAAGCGCCAAAAAGAGUCCAAAAACAAUGCUAGCUUUAAGCUCAGAAUCACACACAAACACAUUACCGAAGCAGUAAAGCGUUCACGAUAUUUGGUCCUCACAGUCGCCAUAUUUAUUCCAAUUCCGAUAUUUUUCCCGCUUAAAAGAAGCUGUGCAACCAUAACCAACAAAAAGCUUUCGCUUGUCAUAUUGUGUUUUUCCCGUUAUUCCUGCAGCCCCAUAAUAAUUGCUCAUAUUUCAGCAGCUCAGCAGAAAAAAAAACGACUUUAAUAUCCUGAUUCUCACGCCCGCCCCCUUAGGAUAUAAUUGAAAUAAUUAAAGAGCGAAACCGAUGAACCGUUAAACGAGGGUCUCUAAUGGAUCGGUUUCGCUUGUUUCUCUUUUUUUGUAGUGGCUAUAAAAUUACGGGAUCAAUACAAAUCAAGCGCUGUGGAAUGCAAAAUAAACAUUUAUCUGUUUACCGUUCCUCUGUAUUUGAACUGAUAGCCUCGACGUGAUGGAUUUUUAAACGUAAUCUAGUUUUUUUCUUGAAUAGUAUUUACUUCAUGGGAAAAAUGUUUUGUUUUUUACGAAUGCAAUGUUCUCAAAUCAAAGUUUUGAUCAACAUGCUUCGACCAAGAUUCGAUCUUAUGUCUUCUACGGACAACG